UUCUUGUUUAUACAGCAACUUGACGUUGUCCCAUUUUUGAGUAGCUUGGCUACUUUUGUACACUAGUCUACUUUACACUGUUUUUGACUUUUGGGAUAGAAAUGUUAAACUGACGAACGAUACGAUUCACUUCGCAGCAGGUAUGGCUAAAGAACAACAGCCUCCAUGGUCGGAUAUUUUGAAAAGGAGGUUGGCAAACACCAAAAAAGAUGAGAAAAGCGACGAGGAAAAGAAAGCAGAAGAAACUGAGCUGUUCACCAAAUAUUACACAGAGUGGAAGGGAGGAGGCGACAAAGACCAGUCCUACAAGAACAUCCCACGAUUUUACUACAGGCUACCAGCAGAGGAUGAAGUAUUACUUCAGAAAUUGAGAGAGGAAUCCAGAGCUGUCUUCCUCCAGAGGAAGAGCAGAGAACUGCUGGAUAAUGAGGAACUACAGAAUCUGUGGUUUCUGCUUGAUAAGCACCAAGUGCCUCCAGUGAGUGGGGAGGAGGCCAUGAUUAGCUAUGAAGCCUACCUACAGGUGGGAGAAAAGGCCGGGCCCAAGUGCAAUAAAUUCUUCACAGCCAGAGUGUACUCCAAGCUGCUCCACAGCGACCCUUACGGCAGGAUCUCCAUCAUGCAGUUCUUUAACUACGUCAUGAGGAAAGUAUGGCUGCAUCAGACCAGGAUAGGUCUGAGUCUGUAUGAUGUAGCAGGACAAGGUCACCUCAGAGAGUCUGAUCUUGAGAACUACAUCCUGGAGCUGAUCCCCACUCUGCCUCAAUUGGAUGGACUGGAGAAGUCCUUCUACUCUUUCUACGUCUGCACCGCUGUUCGCAAGUUCUUUUUUUUUCUCGACCCCCUCCGAACAGGAAAGAUUAAAAUCCAGGAUAUAUUGGCCUGCAGUUUUCUGGACGACUUGUUGGAGUUAAGAGACGAGGAGCUUUCUAAAGAGAGUCAGGAGUCCAACUGGUUUUCAGCCCCCUCGGCUCUCCGAGUCUACGGCCAGUACCUCAACCUGGAUAAGGACCACAACGGCAUGUUGAGCAAAGAGGAGCUUUCGCGCUACGGCACAGCUACUCUCACCUCAGUGUUCUUGGACAGGGUGUUUCAGGAGUGUCUCACCUACGAUGGAGAAAUGGACUAUAAGACCUAUCUGGACUUUGUAUUGGCGUUGGAAAACAGGAAGGAGCCAGCAGCGUUACAGUAUAUUUUUAAACUUUUGGACAUGGAGAAUCAAGGAUACCUCAACGUCUUCUCCCUCAACUAUUUCUUCAGGGCCAUUCAGGAGCAGAUGAAACUCCACGGUCAGGAGCCUGUCACCUUCCAGGAUGUAAAGGAUGAGAUCUUUGACAUGGUGAAGCCUAAAGACCCCUAUAAGAUCACUCUCCAGGACUUGGUGAACAGUUGCCAGGGUGACACCGUCACCAGCAUCCUGAUUGACCUCAACGGCUUCUGGACCUACGAGAACAGAGAAGUGCUGGUCGCCAACGACAACGACGGAAGCAGCACAGCUGAUCUCGACGACAGCUGAAGAUGAUUUGGGGUUAAGGUGUAGUAGAGAGAAGAGACACUCCUGUUACCAAAAGGUCACAGUUUCACUCCCAACCUGAAAGCACCGAAAUGAACAGAACUUUUCCUGCUGACUCUCUGGUUCAGUUUGAGCUAAAUGUCUACAUUGUGAAAGCCUUGAGGAAAUGAAUAGAGAGAUGGAUAGAGGAAAGCCAGACAUAGUGCUUUGUGUUCCUGCCUGUUGUUUUCCUGUAAAGACCACGUUUUUGUCAUUGACCCCUUUCUAUGAAAUAAAUGUUUCCCUUUUCUUUUGUAUAA